AUGGCUGGAUACGCGCUGAAAAGACUCAUGACAGAGUACAAAGAGCUCACCACACGUCCUCCAGAGGGAAUUAUCGCGGCGCCGAUCGACGAGGACAACUUUUUCGAGUGGGAAUGCCUUAUCACUGGACCAGAGGAGACGUGCUUCGCCAACGGCGUCUUUCCGGCACGUAUCACUUUUCCACAGGACUACCCUCUAUCUCCGCCCAAGAUGCGAUUCACAUGUGGAAUCUUCCAUCCAAACAUCUAUCCAGACGGUCGUGUGUGCAUCUCGAUUCUCCACGCUCCUGGAGACGAUCCAACCGGCUACGAAUCGUCCAACGAACGCUGGAGCCCGGUUCAAUCCAUUGAGAAGAUUCUGUUGAGUGUGGUUAGCAUGCUAGCUGAACCCAACGACGAGUCGCCUGCAAAUGUGAACGCUGCCAAGAUGUGGCGUGAGGAUCGUGCACAAUUCGAGAAGACUGCCGACGCGCUGGUCCGCAAGACUCUGUGUCUUCCAGCUUCGGAAGUUUAA